AUGUCGCAACAGCCCGCAACGCCAGUCAAGGUGCCGUCCUCCGUGGCAAACAACACACCCGCAACCCUGGACCCCGACCUGCGCUCACAAAUAAAUACCGUGCUCCUGCGCGACGGCCAUGUCACAAAGAUACAAGACGCUCUCGUCCACGCCCUCAACUCCAACUCAUCCAACUGGCCGACACAAAUCCAAUCCCACGCCCUGACGCUCCUCCGCUCCGGCGAAAUCACCACCUACCCAGCGCUCCUCCGCCGCAUCCUCGACGACGUCCGCGAAGCCACCACAUCCAGCUCCUCCUCCACAAACGGCAAAACGCCCAACGGGGACGCCAAAAAGGUCAACGGGUCAACUACCCCGUCCGCCGACAAACAAAACCUAGCCGUCCCCGCCGCCGUCGUCGAGGAAGCCCUCCGCGUAACGAGGGAAAGCCUAGAAGCAGUCUGCGAAAUCGACGACCACGGAGCAAGUUGA